CUCAGUGAGGUAGGGCCCCUGUUCCCUGCUGUCCACCAGGGUUGGCAGGCUUCCGCCCAGCGUGUGGGGUGCAGGGCUGCCAUUCCCCGACCAGCGCGGCUGUCACUGGUCCGCAGGAGCCCAGCUCCCCUGGCCUCUCUCUCCAGUCUGCACCUCGCCGUCCUUACUUGACCUGAAGGCAGAGUUGCUGGGCUGGGUUUGGAGGGGAUGAGGAAACAGGUGACACCCGUGGGCUCAAAGGUCUGAAACCACCUUCGAGUGGUCACUGGCACCUGGAGGGAUGUGGGCAACCCAGGCAUCUGGAGCCUUUCCACAGCUCGACCGUUCCCCUUCAGCCAGGUCUCUGGCCACCACGCUCUGGGCAGGGUCUGUCUGGCCCACCUCUGUGCUCCUGCGUCUGGACAGUGCAGCCCCGCGGUCAAAGCCGAUGAGAGAGUAAAGUCUGGAGUCGUCCUUCCCUCUUCCACACCCCCGCGGGGAACCUCAGGGACCCCGGGACCGGGAAGGCAGAGAAGGUGAGACUCUGGGAAGGGAGGGAGGACAGGGGCUGGGCGGCCCCGGGAUCACCAGCUCUGGGCCCCAUUAGUGGGUAAACUGAGGUGGGGUAGGCCCACUAUCCAGAGCCCCCAUUUCCCGGGCUGAAGGGGUCUGUGGGGCUGUGUCCAGGGCCCGGCAGCAGCUGCAGGGCCUCUGACGUCAGCCCCGUGCCCCAAAUAACUUCCUCCUGGAGCCACUUCCGCCGUGGCCACACGUCCCCAGAGGAACAGGGCCAGGCGUGCCCAGGGCAGGGACACAGGGACGGUCACCCUGGGCAGCCUUCCCAAACUCACUUCCGCCCCACCCAGCCCUGCCGCCCAGGCUGCCGGGAAGCACCCGCCCCCUGCCUCGGCCGGUGGAGGAGGCACAGCCCCUGGGCAGGAGCCAGGGCCAGGUGCGGGUCACCCUGGUGGGUCCUGGGUUGUGUGCCUGCUGUGGGCCUGGAACCCGGUUUCCUAGGAAGAGGGGCGCUGGGUCAGCAGGGACCACUGGCCUGCCAGGCCCAUCCUUCUGCUCUCUCACAAGGUCUCUGACCCGCGGCCCCAGCCCCAGCCGCUUCAUUGCAGCUGGAGAGAAUGAAGAAUAGAGUGGAGCCCGGAGUCUCACGGGCGUCUGCACUCAGCCUAGGGUGUGGCGGCCCCAGGCCCGGGCCCGGGAGCAGGGCUCUGGUGUACCAGGGUGAGGGGUCUGCUGAGGGGUUCAGACCCAGGUCAGGAGUCCGGGUUCUGGCACCUCCUUCCUCCUGGAGAGGAGCUGGGCGGGCCGGGCUGACAGGUCGGGCGGCAUAGUCAGGCAACACUCACCUCCGGCUUAAAACCCCACUUGAUGGAGCCCACAGCCGCAGUGCUCGCACCGCAUGCCGGAACAUGAGGCAGCCCCUGGCCCUGCUGCUGCUGCUGCUGCUGGGGUGGUCUGGUGAGUCCGGUCGCCCCACAGCAUGCGGGCGCCCCAGGACGCUCAACCGGAUGGUGGGCGGGCAGGACGCCCUGGAGGGUGAGUGGCCCUGGCAGCCCCUCGUGUGCCCCCAUGGGAGGCCUGCCCCGACCAGCACUCUGCUGUCUCCCUCCAGCACCUCCGAGACGUCCCUGUACCGCGUCCUGCUGGGCGCGCGGCAGCUGGUGCAGCCAGGGCCACAGGCUGUGUACGCCCGCGUGAAGCGGGUGGAGAGCAACCCCCAGUACCAGGGCAUGGCGUCCAGCGCCGACGUGGCCCUCGUGGAGCUAGAGGAGCCUGUGGCCUUCACCCAUCACAUCCUCCCCGUGUGUGUGCCUGGCCCCUCGGUCGUCUUCAAGACAGGCAUGAACUGCUCGGUCACCGGCUGGGGCAGCCCCAGUGAGCGAGACCGCCUGCCCAAGCCCCGGACUCUGCAGAAGCUCGCCGUGCCCAUCAUCGACACGCCCAGAUGCAACCUGCUCUACAGCAGAGACGCCGAGUCCGGCUUCCAGCCCAAGAGCAUCAAGGAGGACAUGCUGUGUGCCGGCUUCGAGGAGGGCAAGAAGGACGCCUGUAAGGGCGACUCCGGUGGCCCCCUGGUGUGCCUCGUGGGCCAAGCAUGGCUGCAGGCCGGGGUGAUCAGCUGGGGGGAGGGCUGCGCCCGCCGGAACCGCCCCGGUGUCUACAUCCGGGUCACUUCCCACUACAACUGGAUCCACCAGGUCAUCCCAGAACUGCAGUUCCAGUCGGCGAGGUCAGGCAGCAGGAAGCGAGACCCUCAGGGCCGGCAGACCCUGGGGAGCGCGGCGCCCUGCCUGGCCGUGCACUCGGCCCUGUUGGGCCUCACAGCGCUGCUCACCUUCCUGAGCCCAGGCCAGGCCUGGUGCAGCGGACAUCUGUAAAUAGCUCUCAACUCUCCCUUCUCAAAAGCCCAGUAUUUUUAUUUAUGUUCACAUGCCAAUAAAAACCUCAGUGCCAGCCACCUAGCUGGGUGUGGUUCCUGCGCGGAGCUGUUGCAGCUGGGGCGAUCUGGGCUCCUGCAUUGCCGCCUGCCCUGCCUCCUCCCUCCAAACGUCUGCCAGGGCCACGCUGCAUGGGGAUGGCAACAGGCACGGAGCCGGGUCUCUGGGGAGCAGGGGAGCCUUCGGGGGUAUGGCCACGGCUUCCAUUGCCACGCACCGUCUUGGCAUCAACCCAGACCUAUUUCACCCACUGACACCCUUUGGGGGGUGGGAGUCACCAUGCUUUCCUGCAGGGCAGACGGCGGCAUCUCUGCUGCUCUGGCACCCUCCAGGACUCCUGUGCCUACGGCUCUGUUCGACCCUAGACUCCUCCUCUGCCCCCUUCCUUAGCCUUGGCCUCCCGAGUCCACAGCAGCAGUGGUGGGACCAGAGCUGGACACACACAUGCAUGUGCAAAGCCGGGAGCACUCAUGUGGCAAAGGGUGCGAAUAUACGCUGCACCCACAUACUUCAGAGCACCUGCUGCGGCCCAGGCCUUCCCCCCUGGGCUGUGCCUCUGCUGCACGCCCCCCAGACCAGGGUGGUGGUCCUGUUCCAGGGAAAAGGGUGGGCAGGGCAGCCCCAGGGUCCCUGGGCUUCCUGGCUGAGCAGGGGCUGGCCUGUGCCCCCAACAGCCUUGGGGAGGCCUCGGGAGCCUCUACCUUGCUCUGGAGGAGCCCCUGGCCCCAUCACCCGCCCCUCCUGCCUCUGCAGUGGGGCAGGGUCUAGCUAGGGUCCCACUAGGGGACAGGGCUCUCAGUAAGCUGCUGUGGGCAGUACCCUCCCUGCAGGCUCCCCAUACGCCCACUGCCUGCCAACAGCCUGAUCAGGCAGGAAGCAGAGCCGGGGGAGACGGACAGGCUCACUCCUUGUUCACACCUCGUGGUAGGCGCUGUGUGUGAGAGUCGUCAUGUAAACGCCUGUUGCCACAGCUCCCUCUCCCAUCCUGGAGGGGGCACAGGUGGGUGGCACCAGGGCUCUGACAGCUGCAGGACAAGUGCUGACAGUACAGACCUGGGCACCGGCUUCCACAGUGCAGGAAGGUUCUGCAGGGCAGGCCCAGUGAGCCUCCUGGGCCAGCCACACACCUGCAGGGAAGGUUCAUAGAGGUCAGUCCUUCCUGGGGGCUUCAACAGCACCCAGAAAUCCACACCUGUCACACACACAUAAGCACCGUGAUCAGCCAGGAGGCCCAGGAAGGAACUACCUGUGGGACCCCUUCUGGCCUCUAAGACCCUGGCAAAGGGUCACAGCAGGUGGGCCAGGUAGGAGUGUGGGGGACGACCAAGAGGCCCAAGGCCAGAGGCUCCCGCCUGCCCUGUGGCUGUGCAACCUCCGUGCCGUGGUCUGUCUGGGGAGACAGCUUAGUCCAUGGGGGCCAGAGUGGCACCAUUCCUAUCACAGUGCCAACCGAGCUGAAGCUGCCACGGCCUUGGGGGCAGCAGGCCACCAGCCAGGCACUGCCACCAGCUCUGGGGAAAAUGGGACGUGCUAGUGAUAUUGGGUGGACACCAACAGGAGGGAGGGGCAGCAGUCCCUGCCGGUCCAGGCCCAGAUCCUGCCCACUGGCCCCCCGCGGCACACUCCCCACAAAGUCAGCUGUGCCCAGGCCUCCAGGUCAGCCAGGAGGACCCCCCUUCUGGCCCAGCGGCCGUGCCUAGGGACACCUGCCCAGUAGCCCUGCUCUGCCUGGCUGAGAACCCUGGACAGCAACAGGCAAAGUUCACACUCCCUCAGGCUCCAGGCUGCGCCGGGGCGGUACUCAUUCCACUCCCACUGGAGGCCUCGCCACAGGAUAGGGCAGCUCUGGCUGGGCCCUGGGGACAGAGUGGCCCAUUAGCCAGGCCACCGUCUGGAGUCUGGGUGGCCCGAGGUUCCAGGAUCUUGGGCCCAAACUCCUCCUGGCUGACCUCAGGGAGCCAUGCCCUUCAGAGGACCCAAGACUGAACUCCCCCAAAGCCAGAAGAAGGCUUUGCAGGAGAGCUCUGACCCACGGGAGCCUUGGCACCGGCGGAGGGGACGACCCUGGGGUUCUUGCUGUCACCCAAGUGCUUCUAGUCCAGGGUGGAGCCGAGGGUGGUGGACGCGGACCCUGUGAGGCAUUGGUGCUUUCGAACGGUCAGUGCCCAUGGCUCCUGUCCCCAGGGAUUGGGCACACAUUCGCAAGAUGGAGGCGAGGUGUCCCGGGCAAAGCCCACGGCCGUGCUGGGGACGGCACAGAUAAUUCUAACCCACAGGCCUUGGCCAAGCCGGCCACACCCCUCUCCAUGUUGGACAGACACGUGGAUGACCCACUAAGUCUGGCCACAGAGUCUGCAGAGGGGGAGGCAGAGCUCCCCGGCUAACAGUCAGAGGGAGGUGUUGGGG